CAGGAAGAGAAGGCGUUGCACUACCUAUCGUGCAUCAUCAAUCACGUGGAGGAGGUGGGUUGAAACGGUAUUCAGUUAGCGAGUUGGGCAUUUGUGGAAGUGCUUGCGUGUCAUCUCCGCAUCCGUGUGUGAACAAGUUAAAACUUCCAUCCUCCUGCAUCUGCACGGUACUGCGGUGAUUGUAGGUUUGAGAGAGCGCGCCGUGUGUUUAUUUCUGGUAGGAAUUGGUGUGUUGGAGCUACCACCAAUUCCUGGCGCUCGGGUCUAGAAUCAACCAUCCGAUUUCAUCUUGUUAAUAUGUAUUCCACGGCCAAGUAGCUGAGGUACUCUCCCCAUGCCCGCGCUCCUCUGAUCGAACCGUUCCCCAUCCCCUCCCCUUAAUGCAGGAGUUGUACCAGGUGUACGUGAAAGAGCGCAAGGAUUCCGUGGCCGUGGAGCUCUCUUACCCGAGUGAAAGGUAUCAGAUCACAAAACCGCGCGGACACAACCUUUCCCAGGAUUGGGUGCGUGUCGUCCAACACAACACUCGCCGGUCCAGUGGGGAGGCGAUAUGUACUGAUUCUAUGCUGAGAGAUUCAGUGGCAAAAGUCGAUUCGAAGAACGAUAUGAAGAACGGUCCGGGACUUCUUUACCCUACGAUGGAGUGGGUAGAGUUCGUGUACGCCGUGGAGAGGGGCAUAUUCCAUUUUUUGAAAAAACCCAUCUUCCUUGCUGCUUGCCUCGGAGACUUGCCAGCCGAGAUUUUCAAUGUAGUACGCGAGGCGGAGGUUGUCAAGGAAAUGUGGGGAAAGUGCUGCCCCUCUGGUCCUCCUGCCAUCGAUCCUAGUGUAUCUCAAGAGAUGUUUCUUUCCGUUGUCGGGAAAAUCCUCAACGUGCGAUUGGGUGAUUUCGCGAAGAGUGUAAGGGAGAAUACUUCCCUCAAGUUCUCGAAGGUCGCGCCUGCUUUGCGGCAACAGCUCAAGGCACGUGUCGGGCCAAAUGGAAGGACGGGGGCCGAUAGUGGCGAAGCAAAGGGGGUUGCACAGGGGGGCGAGGCCGCAGGAGGCGGCGGGGAGGGCGGUGCAAAGCGCCGAAAGGGGGGACGUGCGCGGAGGCAGGCCCCACCCACCCUGAAUCAGUUGAAGGGGAUGUCCCGGGUGGAUAUUAGCGAUAGGUGCACUGUAAGACAACUUCUCUUGCUCGUAAAGGACGCCGGGAUUAAGAAGGGCACAAUGAACUCAAGACAAGAUGAUCUCCUCGAUUACCUGGCGGCGUAUGUGGGUGGGUUCGGGCAGGAAUCUGUUGAAGGGGCAGGCCCCAGUGCGACAGGGAGUGGUCCAGCCGAGGGAUGAUGCGGGGGGCGCGGUGGUGAGAACGCGGGUAAGGGUAACGCCCCGACAGAUAGUGGGGAGAUGGUCUCUGUCGGUAGUGAUUUUACGACGUCAGAAGUGCCUGCGCAGGACGGAAGGGACGACGACGGUUACCUUUCCCGACCGGUUACGAUCGAUUUCUCGCUGUCGGUUUUGGAGGGGGCCGGAGUGCCUAGCGGGGGUGGCUCUUGAAUAAUCUUCCGAGGCAGAAGGUGAAAGUUGGUCUGUCCGUGGUGUCGGCUUUCGUUUCGUCAUGUUGUACCGUUCAUGGCUCAGGACUACCAUCUUAUAUGAGUGCAUGUCGAAGUUGGCGUGGACUAUUCUUCUAGCCACUAGGAGCGCCGGCGUGUUGCGCACCUAUUCCGCGUAAUAGACUUUCUCGAGGUACAAGUAUUGUGUAUGGGUGUAAACACUGGUCGUUCCCCCUUGCCGGAGCCAUGCCAGUCAGCGGGGAUUCUCUUCGUUCCCGUAAUCAGCCGAGAGCGUUGCAGUGGCAAAGUGGGGUUGAACUGCGUCCAGUUAUUUCUUCGUGUAAAUUGACAAGGAAAGCAUACAGUAACCAUCCUGAAUGUCUUCAACACUGGUUGGUGAACCAAUUUGACCUGAAAUAGCUACCUUCCUACCGCCCGGGACAAAUCAUCCUCAAGGCUGUGUUGGUGAAGAAUCCGAAGUCGGUCCGAUAUGUGAACACCCGAAACAAUGGACAGAGGACUAUUGACAAAAACAGAGAGGAUAUAGGGGGGGCAAGAAACAGAGAGGCUUCGUCCGUGAGCAUCAAACACCCGGUGAUUAAGGCGGAGGGAGACAUGACGAACCUCCAAUGAAAAAAAAAGACAAGAGAGAAAAUUUCCAACA